GUCCCCCCGCGCCUGCGUGUCGCCGUGCAGUCCCCCCGCGCCUGCGUGUCGCCGUGCAGUCCCCUCGCGCCUGCGUGUCGCCGUGCAGUCCCCUCGCGCCUGCGUGUCACAAUGCAGUCCCCCGCGCCUGCGUGUCGCAGUGUUGUGCCCCCGCGCUCGCGUGUCACAGUGCUAUGCCCCCGCGCUCGCGUGUCACAGUGCUGUGCCCCCCUGUCUGCGUGUAGCAGUGUAGUCUCCCUGCACUUGCGUAUCGCAGUGCUGUCUCUCUGCGCCUGCGUGUCGCAGUGCAGACCCCCUGAUGCGUGCACUAGUGCAGUUCCCCAGUCCCUGCGUGUCUCAGUGCAGUCCCCCUGCGCCUGCGUGUCGCAGUGCAGUCCCCCCGCGCCUGCGUGUCGCAGUGCUGUGCCUCCGCGCUUUCGUGUCGCAGUGCAGUCCCCCUGAUGCAUGCACUAGUGCAGUUCCCCAGCGCCUGCGUGUCGCAGUGCUGUGCCCCCGCGCCUGCGUGUCGCAGUGCUGUGCCCCUGCGCCUGCGUGUCGCAGUGCUGUGCCCGCUGCGCCUGCGUGUCGCAGUGCAGUCCCCCUGCGCCUGUGUGUCGCAGUGCUGUCCCGCUGCGCCUGCGUGUCGCAGUCCAGUCCUUCUGCGCCUGCGUGUCACAGUGCAGUCCCCGCGUGUCGCAGUGGAGUCUCCCCCCGCCCGCGUGUCGCAGUGCAGUCCUCCCGCGCAUGUGUCGCAGUGCAAUCCCACUGGGCCUGCAUGUCACAGUGCAGUCCCCUGCGCCUGCCUGUCGUAAGGCAGUCCAUCCACACGUGUGUGUCGCUGUGCUGUCCCGUGAGCCUGUGUUUUGCAGUGCAGUUCCCCCGCGCCUGCGUGUCGCCGUGUAGUCCCCUCGCGCCUGCGUGUCGCAAUGCAGUCCCCCGCGCCUGCGUGUUGCAGUGUUGUGCCCCCGCGCUCGCGUGUCACAGUGCUGUGCCCCCCUGUCUGCGUGUAGCAGUGUAG